AUGAAGAUUUCGCACAAAGGCUCCAAGCAAGUAAUGGCGAUGGCCGAUCUUGUGGAUGGCCUCUACUGGCUUCGUACAUCCCAGCGAUCCGCGAAUGCGGCUUCAGGACUAAGAGUCGAAAACCUUCAUGCGCGUAUGGGCCACGCACCGGUUGAUGUCUUGUGCAGAAUGGUCUCCAAGGGCAUGAUCAAGGAUGCCAAGAUGCCAACAAAAUUGAGCGGACCAAGCGUGUGUCAAGGUUCUCUAGAAGGAAAAAUGGUUCAACGACCGUUCCCGAGCAAUCCAAACAAGCGCCACUACGAUUCGUUUGAGCUUCUACACAUCGACACCUGUGGUCCAAUGGAAGUCGACUCGCUAGGUGGAAGCAAGUACUUGCUACUGAUCGUCGAUGAAGGCAGCGGAUGCAUGAAGGGUUUCAGUCUGCGCGCCAAGUCCGACAGCGAAGAGUGCAUCAAGAAGUACAUCAUGGCAGUACAGACGCAGUUUAACUUCAAGGUCAAGUUCGUUCGACACGAUGGUGCACACAAAUUUGCGGCGAAUUCGCUCAAGGCAUUUUACGAUGAUCAAGGAAUCGAGCAGCAGGUUACCUUUCCGUAUGCGCAUCAGACCAACGUCACGGCGGAACGGGCAAUUCGGACCAUUGUGACGAUCGGGCGCAGCAUGCUUCACUACGCCAAGCUGGACAAGUGUUUCUGGGGUGAAGCGGCAAUGGCUGCGAUUUACAUCAAGAAUCGCCUACCAUCGCCCACGUGCCAAGAUCAAACCCCGUUCGAGAUCGUCAACGGAUUUCGACCAAGUGUGAAGCACAUGCGGGUUUUCGGCUGCCGAACGUUUGUGCUGACCCCUAAGGAAAAGAGAUCGAAAUGGGAUCCGAAGGCUCGUGAAGGACUAUUCAUGGGGUACGAAGAAGUGUCAAAGGCAUAUCGCGUUUACGACAUUGAAGCGGACCAAGUGGUGAUAUCUCGCGAUGUCACAUUCGACGAAUCAACGCUUGGUUUCUCGCCGAGGCUACCACAAGAAAUUGUUGAUGACACUGCGCUGGAUAUCGAAUCGAUGAACAUCAGCGAUGAGCCUCACCCCAUGCAGUUCAAGCAAACUGGAAAACGCAAAAGCCGUUCAAACAGUCAAGAACAAGUUCUACAACGGACACUUCUUGAGCGUCGUGGAACCGGGUUAGAAGAAGCAAGUGCCCCGGAUGACUUUGAAUCGCACCAAGCGAAGCGACGAUCAAGCGCUCGAGACAAUCUGGACGAAGAGCAAAAGGGCAGUGACGAAGAUAACGAGGAUGCUACACCUCAAGUCUUUUGGCGAGCGAGUGCCAAUGCAGUCGAAGGUACUGACUUGUCUGAGCCGACAACGUUUGAAGAUGCUGUUGGUGGACCAGAUCAAGUGCAUUGGCGUAAGGCAAUCUGUGCCGAGUUGGACUCGAUGAAACUUCGUGGCGUGUUUCGAGCGACCAAACUGCCGUCUGGACAGCAUACCAUUGGCACCAAGUGGGUAUUCAAGAUCAAACGGAAAGCUGAUGGAUCCAUCGAGAAAUACAAGGCGCGUCUCGUGGCAAAAGGGUUCAAGCAGAAAUAUGGCAUCGACUACACGGAAACGUUUUCGCCGGUAGUCAAGUACGUGACGCUGCGCAUGGUGGUUGCAAUCACGAAGUACUUUGGCUGGACACUGGACCAACUGGACGUGGUGACAGCUUUCCUUUACGGAGAAAUGAAGGAAAAGGUAUUCUGCGCGAUCCCAGAAGGAGUCGAAGUUGAUGAAGACUUUGACUGCUUUGAACUGGUCAAGGCGAUCUACGGACUAAAACAAGCAUCGCGCGUAUGGAACGAGACUUUUCAUGAGUUCGUCUGCUCCAUUGGAUUUCAAGUCUCCGAUUUUGACCCGUGUCUUUAUCUCAAGAUUGCAAGUGGCGAGUGCGUGCUUUUGCUGGUAUACGUCGAUGAUGUGUUGGUGACUGGCAGCUCAACCGAACUGAUUUUGCGCACCAAGAGUGACUUAAAGGCGCGUUUCGAAAUGACCGACAGUGGGAAGUGCGCAUUCGUGUUGGGCAUCGAGCUGGUGGACAACGACAACGGUAGCGUGACGAUGUGCCAGCGACGCUACGUGGAAGAUGUUCUCAAGCGUUUUGGCAUGAGCGACUGCAAAGCCGUCACCAGCCCAACAGACAUCAGUUCUCGACUCAUACCAAGUACCGCAGCAACUAAAAUCGACGCCCCGUUUCGUGAAGCAGUAGGCGCUUUGAUGCACUUGAUGACCGCGACACGACCGGACAUUGCCUUUGCUGUGAGUUACGUUUCGCGCUUCAUGGAGAACCCCCAAGUCGAGCAUUGGAUGGCGGUCAAGCGCAUUUUGCGAUACUUACAAGGGACUAAGUCGCACGGUAUCUGUUUCAAGCCUGAUGACAAGAUAGACUUCUGUGGCUACUCGGAUGCAGACUGGGCCGGCGACCAUGCAGACCGCAAGUCGACUUCAGGAUAUGCGUUUAUCCUGAUGGGUGCUCCGGUGAGCUGGGGAAGCAAAAAGCAGUCAAGUGUGUCGCUGUCAACAAGUGAAGCUGAGUACAUUGCACUAAGUCUGGCGAUUCAAGAAGGCAAGUGGGUGCAUCGAUUGCUGUGCGAGAUUCUGGAUGCCGCAGAGGACAAGUCUGGACCCGAGCUCAAGAUCAUGGAAGACAACCAGUCGUGCAUCAAGAUGACGAAGAAUCCUGUGAACCAUGGUCGGGCCAAGCACAUCGACAUCAAGUACCAUCACAUUCGUGAUGAAGUCAAGCGUGGUGAUGUCAAGUUGGAGUACUGUGAGACUACGAUUAUGUUGGCGGACAUCAUGACCAAGGGACUGCCAGGACCGCGUCACAAGGACUUGACGGCAGCGCUCGGCAUACACGCGUGUUCGCAUUGA